AUGGAUUUAAUGAAUCAUGUUUUUAAACCGUACUUGGAUGAAUUCAUAGUUGUGUUCAUUGAUGACAUCCUUAUUUAUUCGAAAAACACAGAAGCCCAUGACAACCAUCUACAAUUAAUUCUUCAGACACUUCAAGAUAAGAAACUAUAUGCAAAAUUGAAAAAAUGUGAGUUUUGGUUACAUGAAGUGGUAUUUUUAGGACAUGUAAUAAAUAAGGAAGGUGUUUUUGUUGACUCACACAAGAUCGAAGCUACUGUGAAUUGGCCAACUCCUACGGAUGUGACAAAGGUGCGUAGCUUCUUGGUUUUAGCUGGGUACUAUCGAAGAUUUGUUAAAAUUUUUUAUAAAAUUGCUGUGCCACUUACCCAAUUGACCCAGAACGGUGUUUCGUUUGAGUGGUCAAAACAAAGGGAAUCUUCCUUUCAAGAGUUAAAGACAAGGUUAACUACAACACUAGUUCUUGCUUUACCAUUUGGUACCGAGGGAUUUGUGAUUUACAGUGAUGCUUCUUACAAAGGAUUCGGCAGUGUAGUCAUGCAGAAUGGAAGGGUCAUCGCGUAUACUCAUGAAAAGAAUUAUCCUACACAGGACUUGGAGCUAGCUGUAGUGGUCUUUGCUUUGAAGAUAUGGCGACAUUAUUUGUAUGUUACCACGUGUGAGGUUUACACUGAUCAUAAAAGCCGCUAA